AUGGGUUUUUUAAAAAGAGACGAAAUAAAAGGGUUCAAAAUACUCCCUGUUAGAAUCUCUACUUCACCCUUAUUGAUUUCCAAGAAGCUACACGACGAGAAGGAAGUUGUCCAUUAUGUAUAUUUCAAACAGCAUCAACUGAAGGCCAAUAGUGGCUCCAGCCAGGAAAAAGAUAUAAAUGACAAAAGCAUAUUUGUGAUCAAUUUGCCCAAUUGUAUUGACGAUUUGAAGUCCUUGAGAAACUUUUUCAGACAGAUUUCUGAUGCAUCGUUAAUCCAAGAGUGCGACAUCGUCAAUAAUCGCUUACAACAUAAAACAGAUAUUGAUUUGAAUAAAUUGACCGGCGAGUAUUACGAUCAAGCCAAUAGUGAAAGGGUUGAGGACUCGGCAAGUGAUAAGAGAUUGCCAUUCAACACUGGGUUGGUCACAUUUGUUGACAAGAGCUCGCUUAAAUUGUUUAUGAGUAACGUUAAGAAGCUUUCCAAAUCAAAUUCAUUAUCAAGUUUUCCUAUUCUUGAAGGGCCAAAUUCAGAAGAAAGCUCCACACGAAUUUUCAAUAGUUUAAAGAGUAAAAUUUGUGAUGUAGACCAAUUAAAACAUCAUAUCAAUGUGUCCAUCAGCAACUUCAACAAAAAGGAAGCGGAAGAAGAGGAAGAGAUUCAAAAUGCCGGGAAAAUUAUCGAUGAUGAUGGGUUCCAGCUUGUGGUUAAUAGACAUAGAAAAACUAAGGCAGCCAUUAUGGGUAAGACUAAUAGGUUGAAGUUGAUGAAUAAUCAAGGAUUAAGUAAUGACUUAUCGAAGAAGAGUUCGAAGAAGCAGAGACAAGAUUUCUACAGAUUCCAAAUAAGAGAGAGAAAGAAGCAAGAAAUGAACCAAUUAUUGAUGAAAUUCAGAGAAGAUCAGGCAAGAAUUAAGUCUUUGAAGGAGAGAAAGAGAUUCAGACCUUACUGA